AUGGAGCUGAGUCUUCAGGUUGCUGGAUGCUACCGCCAGGUGGGCAGGAGGCUGCGCCAGGCGCCAUCUGCCCCAGUUGCCAUGUUUGUGGCUGUCAUCCACAAUGACACCAUGCUCUGGACAGGGGACUUUGGGAGGAAGAAUGCCUCAGACCCUGUUUCUGGACCCGCUGACGAGCAAACCAAGUACGGGCAGACAGGUGACCUCAACCUCUUCCAUGUGUUCGUGUUGUACCGCCUGGGUGAGAAGGGCCUUGUCGUCUCUCUAGAUGACCCCUUGGAGUGGUAUGCGGGUGCCUUCACUAUUGACAACCCUCUGGGCCUGGCCUCGACCCCCCAGAAGGCUGCACUCUGCCUCAUGCUGUAGAAGGGCAGCUCUUAGGCAGCCCUGAGCCUGCUCUAGGGCGACGCACUGGUGACAGAUUCAGGCACCAAGUGCCAUUACAGCACGCUGGUCUUCUCAUUCCUGGCCCACGUCCUGGCCCACACCGUGCAGCGGGAUUACCUGGGCUGGGUCUCCGAGAACAUGCGGGAGUCACUGGUGAUGGCCCACACGGGCUUCCACCUCACUCCCUGGCGUGUGCGUGCUCGGCCCGCUGGUUUCUAUGGCAGUGGAAAGCCGGCGCCGCUCGAGGACCCGGGUUGGUACCGCCUGUCGGGCCAGAUGUGCUCCACCCUCGCCCAUCUGGCCAAGCUGGCCAUGGAGCUCCUGCGCAGCAGGCCCAGAAGGCUCCUGCAGCCCGAGGCGGCCCAAACGCUGAUGACGGGGCGCUGGACAGCGUGCAGGACCUUCUCCCUGGUGCCGGCGCUGCACCUGGGCCUCUUGUUGCUCCUGGAUGGGCAGAGGCCAGCGGGAGCGACCUGGAGGGCGCGCUGACUAUGACGUGCCCCGUCGGCCUUGGAGUGGGCCCUGCGGGAGGCGAAGAGCAGCCCUUCUUCUCCCGCCUCUGCACCUCUCCAAUCAGACGAAGGGCGCGCGGGGCCGGCGGGCGAGCUGCGGCAGCACCAGCUGGGGCGGGUGGGCGCGCUGGUGCCCGCCGCCUUCCGCAUCUUGGCGCUGCGCCACCUGCGCUGCCGCAUCUUCCAUCCAGUUGCACGUGGCCCGCGUGUUCCCGGGCGCGCCCUGCCGCUUCCUCGGGACGCGGCACGGGCAGCUGGUCAACGGGACGCUGGACUAGACCUGGAGCUACUUCCUCGUCCUAGUCCUAGUCCUCGUCCUCCCCUUUACCCGGAGUCUGGGAUUGGGAGGAGGUGA